GUAACCUGGCGGCCCGGCAGCAGCUGGGAGUGUAGGAAGAGGUGGCUAGUUCGACGAGUUCAAGGUUUCCUCUGGGUGACAGCCCGCCUGCUUCAGUCACUGGGGUGAACAGGCGAGAAAGAAACUCUGGUUCUUGUGGCGGAAAGCCUCUCUUAAAGGAGCCAAAAUGCUGAACAUGUGGAAAGUUAGGGAGUUGGUCGAUAAAGCGACUAACGUUGUGAUGAACUACACUGAGAUUGAGUCCAAGGUGCGGGAGGCCACAAACGACGACCCCUGGGGGCCCUCAGGGCAGCUCAUGGGAGAGAUCGCCAGAGCCACAUUCAUGUAUGAGCAGUUUCCUGAAGUGAUGAACAUGCUGUGGAACAGAAUGCUCAAAGACAACAAGAAGAACUGGAGAAGAGUCUAUAAGUCCUUGUUGCUGUUGGCCUACUUGAUUAAAAAUGGCUCCGAGCGAGUCGUCACCAGUUCCAGAGAACACCUGUACGACCUGCGCUCUAUAGAGAGCUACCACUGCAUAGAUGAGAACGGUAAGGACCAGGGCAUUAACGUCCGUCAGAAGGUCAAGGAGCUGACGGAGCUGGUGCAGGAUGACGAGCGUCUGAGGGAGGAGCGCAAGAAAGCCAAGAAGAACAAGGACAAGUACAUAGGGGUGUCCUCAGACAGCAUGGGGAGCUACAGGGGCUACGCUGAUGAGAGUGACGGUAAAGGGCGUCGCUGGGACUCGGACUGGGAGCAGAAGGGGGCGUUUCCCUUCAGCGAGAAGGUGGGCGAGAUCAGCGGACGCAUCGGGUCCAGCAUCGAGGACGCCGUCAGCCGCUUCCGCAACAAACCCAGAGACGACUCCCCCGACAGAUUCAGCGACACGGAAGAAGAGCGGGGGCGGGGCCAGCAGAAUGGCCAGUCCAGCAGAGGGGAGUUUAAGGAUGAAGAGGAAACCGUGACAACCAAGAGUGUGCAAAUCGUCCAGGCAACAGAAACCACGGCAACACGCAAGAGAGGGGGCGUGCCCUCCAAGAAAGUGGACCUAGGGGCGGCGGCCGGCUACACCGGAGACUCAAGCCCCGCCCACUCCACCAGCUCUACCAGCUCCAAGAAGCCAGAGGCCCCUAGCCAAUCAGGAGCUGGCCUGGUGGAUCUGUUCACCGUGGAGGCCACACCCACCCAGGCUGCACCCACCAGCACAGACCUGUUUGCAGACUUCUCAUCUGCAACAGCUUCAGCAAGUCUUCCUUCAGCACCUGUCUCCUCCAGUGAUUUCGGAGGAUGGAAUGCUUUCCCUGAUGGAGCCCCUCCCACAUCUGGAGUUGACUUGUUUGGCUCCGCCCCCGUGACCUCUGACCCUGUGAUGUCGGCGCCGGCCUCCUCAGAACUGUUUGAUCUCUUUAGCCCCGCCCCUCAGAGCGCAUCACUCUCUGCCUCUCAGAGCAUCGCCUUCUCCAUGGCAACCAACUCCAGCAACCUGCCACAGUCUCAAUCACAGCCCCUGAGUCUAGGAGAUCCUCUGGUCCCUCAGGCUAUGGGGCAGAAGGCGGGUGUUCUGCAGGGUCCUAAAGCUGGUGGUGUUCCAACCACAUGGUCUGAUUCCAACAUCAACAUCAGCCUGGACCUGCUGUCCCCCACGCCCCCCAAACCACAGCAGCCUACACUGAGCAUGAUGCAGCAUGGUGUGCAGCAGGCUCCGGUUGGCAUGGUAACCCAGGGCUUUGCUGGCAUGAAUCUGGGCAUGCAGGGUGGCGGUGCCAUCCGGGCGCCGGGCAACCACAUGAUGCCAGGAACCGGAGUUGCCAUGGGAAUGCCCACCAUGGGUAUGAUGGGAAUGAACAUGAGCAUGGGGAUGCCCGGCAACAUGGGCAUGGGGUUGCCUGGCAACAUGGGGAUGGGGUUGCCCGGCAACAUGGGCAUGGGCAUGGGUACCAUGGGAAUGGGCGCCACGCCAGCGGCCAAACCGGACGCCUUCGCUGACUUCGCCAACUUUAAAUGAGACCAGCGGAGAGUGGGAGUGUGUGUAUGUGUGAUGGGGUCUCAUGUGACGCCUUUACCAACUUUGCCGACUUCAAAUGAGACCAGAGGAGAGUGGUAGUGUGUGUGAUGGAGCCUUGUGUGUGUGUGUGAGAGUUAACUGUAAACCCAUGGGGAGGUGUGUGUGUGUGUGUGUGUGUGAGAGAGUGAGAGUGAGAGAGAGAAAGAGGUGACUACAGAGUACUUGAAGAUGAGUAAAACACAGCCAGCUGUUUAAUCAUGUACAGACCUGAGUUUAUGAAAACACACACACACACACAGUUAAAUCAAUGGGUAGAGGGUUGUGUGUGUGUGCAUGUGUGGAUAAUGAAGUAAUAAUAAUUAUUAUUUUAAUGAUGAUAAUAAUAGUGAUUUUAAGGAAUGCACGAAAAAAUUCAAACUUCUGAGAAUCUCAAUCAUAAAGCCCACCCCUCGAGUGAGUGUGUAUGUGAGAGAGAGAAUGUAUGUGAUGGAGAGUGUGUGUGUGAGUUUCUGUGAGAGUGUGUGUGUGUGAGAGAGUGUAUGUGAUCGAGAGUGUGUGUGUGAGUUUCUGUGAGAGUGUGUGUGUGUGUGUGUGAGAGAGAGAGAGAGAGAGAGACAGGCCUCGUGACCGUGCAUUAAUCUGCCUGGUGGUGAUUGACAGCAGCAGACACAAUCCUCAAAAGGAGAGAAAGAAAGGAUGAGGGAAGAGAUGGAGGAGAGGAGAGGGGGAAGAGGGAGGAGGUUAUUACCCACACAAGUGGCCUUCAAAUGAGUGUGUUUAUUUUUUUAAUAAGUGAGUUUCCAUCCUGUGUGUAUGCAUGACCUAUGACCUAUCUUUUUUACAAAGUUUUAUUCUGUAUUUGUGUGUGUCUGAAAGAGGGAGAGCGUCCAGGAAGCCUUACACUGCCGUGUGUGUCUGUGUGUAAGACUGUGUGUGUAUGUGUGUGUGUAAGAGUGUAAGAGUGUGUAUGGCGCUAACACAAGCCUUCCAGCCAAUCGAGGCGUCUCGUCUAAUCGACCAAAUUCUGCUCUUCUGGGUGUGGCCCCAGUCGUAGCCAUGGUUACUGAGAACACUAGAUUGUUAUGCAAAUUUGAAGCAAGAAACAAAAUCUUCAUGGUAACCAGGUGGAACAGCUGAUUGUAUCUAAUCAUUUCUUUUAUGAUAUUAAAGAGCUGAACACAUCUCAA